UGGAUACUCGGCGCCAGUCUCUCCGAGUGAAACCGACGAAGUGAAUAACGAGUCAAAUUUAGUGCAAUAUUCUUUUAAAUCAAACCGUUUGGGACAUCUGGUUAGCCUUUCGUCCGGCAAUGAAUCUGGAACUGCUCGAAUCGUUUGGGCAGAACUAUCCAGAGGAGGCAGAUGGCACUCUGGACUGUAUCAGCAUGGCCCUCACCUGCACCUUCAACCGCUGGGGCACCCUGCUGGCUGUGGGCUGCAACGACGGCCGCAUCGUCAUCUGGGACUUCCUCACGCGAGGGAUCGCCAAAAUCAUCAGUGCACACAUCCAUCCAGUCUGUUCUUUAUGCUGGAGUCGAGACGGCCACAAGCUCGUGAGUGCUUCUACAGACAACAUUGUCUCGCAGUGGGACGUCCUUACUGGAGACUGUGACCAGAGGUUUCGUUUCCCGUCACCCAUCCUGAAACUUCAGUGUCACCCCAGAGACAUGGACAAGGUGCUGGUGUGUCCCAUGAAGUCAGCCCCGGUCCUGUUGACUCUCUCAGACUCCAAACACGUUGUCCUGCCCGUGGAUGACGACUCAGACUUGAAUGUGGUGGCGGCCUUCGACAGGCGGGGGGAGUACAUCUACACUGGCAAUGCCAAAGGAAAGAUCCUUGUGUUGAAGACAAACACUCAGGAGCUGGUGGCCUCUUUCAGAGUUACAACUGGCACCAGCAACACCACCGCCAUCAAGUCUAUUGAAUUUGCACGCAAGGGAAGUUGCUUCCUCAUAAACACAGCGGACAGGAUCAUCAGGGUGUACGACGGCAGGGAGAUACUGACCUGCGGCAGAGACGGGGAGCCUGAACCCAUGCAGAAACUACAGGAUCUUGUCAACAGGACUCCGUGGAAGCGCUGCUGUUUCUCCGGGGACGGUGAGUACAUCGUGGCCGGCUCGGCUCGGCAACACGCCCUUUACAUCUGGGAGAAGAGCAUCGGCAACCUGGUGAAGAUCCUGCACGGAACCAGAGGAGAGCUCCUGCUGGAUGUCGCUUGGCAUCCUGUCCGUCCGAUUAUCGCCUCCAUCUCCAGUGGAGUGGUCUCCAUCUGGGCUCAGAACCAAGUGGAAAACUGGAGCGCCUUUGCCCCAGACUUUAAAGAGCUGGAUGAAAAUGUGGAGUACGAGGAGAGAGAGUCUGAAUUCGACAUCGAGGACGAAGACAAAAGUGAACCUGAGCAGACAGGUGCAGACGCCGCGGAGGAUGAAGAGGUGGAUGUCACUACCGUGGAUCCCAUUGUGGCGUUUUGCAGCAGUGAUGAGGAGCUGGAGGACUACAAAGCCCUGCUGUACCUUCCCAUCGCCCCCGAGGUUGAAGAUCCAGAGGAAAACCCCUUCGGCCCCCCACCUGACGCCUCAGCUCAGACUGCUACCCCAGAGGACUCGCUGGCCAGUGGCGACAAGAAGCAGCGACAGCCUUCGUCUGAAGGAGGCCCGGCCAAGAAGAAGGCUCGCACAACCACCGUGGAGCUGCCAGGGGUGCCCAGUGAUGAGGUGCACCCUCUACUGGGUGUCAAGGGCGAUGGAAAGUCCAAGAAGAAGACAGCAGGCCGGCCCAAAGGCUCCAAAGGUAAAGACAAAGACUUCCCCUUCAGGCCCAAGCCCUACAGGGGCGAACGGCCCGCCUUCCCCAUGGAGGCCCUGGGCAGCUCUGGCCCAGGAGGAGGAGGAGGAGGAGUAGGAGGAGGGAUGAAGGGGAGAGCAGAGGGGGGCCUGGCCACAGGGAGUUUGGUCUCACAGUCGUACAAACAGCACGACAUCGGAGGGAUGGACUGAUCGCUGCGGUGUACAGUCGUGAAGAAGCACCAGCAGGCUCAAACAAAGAGACACAAAGCCUGAUGUCAUGUACAGACUGUGUGAGUGGGCGGUCUGUUUGAUGUACAGACUGUUUUUCCUCCUCAAGCCAGAGCACAGCGUCACAAGAAAACCUCCUCGGCCCGGAUCACUGAGAGGAGCGGACAAAGAGAGCGUGAAGCGGCCGGGUUGUCCCUGUAGAGAUCACAUGUCCUCUGUCUCUGUAGAAUUCAAUUUGUAUAGAUACACCUGUGUCCUGAUAGUGUGUGUGUGUGUGUGUGUGUGUGUGUGUGUGUGUGUGUGUGUGUGUGUGUUGUCUUUC